AUGCCUUCACAAGUAGUCAACCUACCGGCUUUGAAAUCUUCCCUCACCGCUCUAAGAAGCUCUCUACCCCGCCCGUCGAAACAUGCGAUUCAUCAACUUGUCCCUAGUCCUCCCAACUGUUUGCCCGAUGUCUCAGCCCUGCCUACUGCAAUCCCAUCCAAUAACGGCUCGUCUGUUGGCUCGCAGACCCAGGACCAGAAUCCCACAAGCACCAACGCUGGUGACACGGAUGAAAUCUUCCAACAAGAGCUUCAAGGGAUGAGCAAGACCACGUUGAAUGGACUAAAAAUGGCAAACCAUACCCGACGUCAAAGAUAUUUAAUUAACCAGGAACGAUGUCGCCGAAGCGCCGCUAAGAAAGCAGCAUCAAUAAGUAAUCAAGCUCCAGCAUCGGAACCGGAACAGGAACCAACCAACACUCCUUCAGACAGUAAGGCUGUUACCUCGAUCGCGGCACGGCCUCUAGGGCCCAGCGCUUCAGAUGACGCGGCUUCGAGGUCAGCCAGAGAGCCUCCCAGGCGUUGGUAUCAUUUUCCAGAGUACCACGACUUAAUCGCCCAACGAGUUUCAGGUGUUCUUUUUGAAAAGCCUGACAGAGACGGCGUCCAUGAAUGGUUGACCAACAUUGUCGGAAAAUUCGAAUGCUCGAGGGAGGGGUGUAAGCACGAAUGGGAGAGUGGUAUCGUCUCUACUGUUAUUCGCAAGUACGAGCUUUCCGACGACGAAAUUGCGUAUAACGCGAAGGUAUUCAACCAACGAUGCAUCAGAUGCAAGUCACUAGGGAUCGUGACGAUAGAUCAGGACAUCUAUGUUGAGAGAGUGAUACGUAGGCUGAAGAUUUGGAGAGACGAGAAGGUUGACGAAGUGGCAGUGCCCUUCAAGCCGACAAGACCGCAUAUAAAGUCGCUCUGUGAGGGCUGUAGGGUAGGACGUUGUCAAAGGGGAUCUUGGUCAAUUGUUGAGACGUCGGAUUAUUAG